ACAUAAUUCAUUAGAACAGUGUUAGCCGCUAACCAGUUCAACUGAGCGACCUGGGAAAUUAUCGGGAAAUCGACACCAUUUUUCAUCCUUCCUCUUGUGUUUCUUUUCUGUUGACGUAGACAGAACUGCACUACACUUUUUAGAGGGUUUGUGUCGGACGAUCACUUAACUCCGGAAUCGCAGAGUGACAUCUUGACUGGCUUACCGCAGGAGCUAUCAUGGCUCGUUGCCGAGAUCUGUGGUCCAGGAACCUCCUGGCUCUCUCUCUGCUCUUCUACUUCCUGCUAACUUUAGAUGUACACGCGCGUCCAGCCAACAUGUCAUCCUCCAAGGAUAAGUCUCUGGCCUCUAAGGAUGAGAACGAGAUCCUUCCACCGGACCACCUGAAUGGGUUAAAGAUGGAAAUGGAUGGCCACCUUAACAAGGACUUCCACCAGGAAGUGUUCCUGGGGAAAGAGAUGGACAACUUUGAAGAGGAUUCAGAGCCAAAGCGGAACAGAAAGAAGCUCAUUGAGAUUUUUACCAAAGUUGAUGUCAACAAGGAUCGGAGUGUGAGUGCCAAGGAGAUGCAGCACUGGAUCAUGGAGAAGACGAAGGAGCACUUCAAGGAGGCCGUGGAGGAGAACAAGAACAGUUUCCGGGCCGUUGAUCCAGAUGGGGACGGUUACGUAACAUGGAAUGAGUACAAAGUCAAGUUUCUCGCCAGCAAAGGUUUUAAUGAAACAGAGGUUACUGAUAAAAUAAAGAAGAAGGAAGAGCUGAAACUGGACGAGGAAACUCAGGAGGUGUUGGAGAGCCUAAAGGACCGCUGGUUUCAAGCCGAUAAUCCUCCUGCUGACAAGCGGCUGGAUGAAGAGGAGUUUCUCUCCUUCCUCCACCCUGAGCACAGCAAAGGCAUGCUCAGAUACAUGGUGAAGGAAAUAGUGCGAGACUUGGACCAGGACAGAGACUGGAAGCUGACCCUGUCGGAGUUCAUCUCUCUACCUGUGGGCACCGUGGAGAACCAGCAGGGACAGGACAUCGACGACGACUGGGUCAAAGAGAGAAAGAAGGAGUUUGAGGAAGUCAUUGACUCGGACCGCGAUGGCAUCGUAACCAUGAAUGAGCUGGAGGCGUACAUGGACCCGAUGAACGAGCACAACGCUCUGAACGAGGCCAAGCAGAUGAUUGCUGUUGCAGACGAGAACCAGAACCACCGUUUGGAGCUGGAAGAAAUCCUGAGGUACAGCGAAUACUUCACCGGCAGCAAGCUCAUGGAUUACGCCAAAAACGUGCAUGAAGAAUUCUGAGCACAAAACCUUCCCUCCUCCACACACACACACACGCGCACACGCACACACACACACACAAACCUCCUAAAUUUGAUUCAGGGACAAGUCAGGAUCUGUUGUUUGUUUUAUCCCAUCACUGGCUUUUUUCCCCCAAACAUUGAAAGUUAACACGAUGUACUUUCUGUGCAACAUCAAACGGUAAUUUGGGGAUUUUGUCUUCUCCAAAUAAAUUUCUUAAAUUGUGAAAUGUGUGUAUAUGAUGAAUUUUAGCCCAGAUGGUACUGUUUGUGUUGGGUGGUGCAGCCAUUUCACCAGCAUGUCUAUAUACUGUGUAAAUAUUGACAUUUGUUGCAUAGCCAUGUUUGUUGGAGAGAACAGAGCUAAUUGGAUGUAAUAUGGACAGUUAGUCUCAUUUAUAAGUCAUUGCUUUGAGUUUUUUCUAAAAUUAAUUUCUGAUGCUCUUCUGUGUCACAGUAGGAAUAAUUGGAUUGAUUAAAAACCUGUUAAUGUUCCUAAAAGCUGCAUCAGUAAUAUAGAUAUAUAUAUAUAUAUAUAUAUAUAUAUAUAUAUAUAUAUAUAUAUAUAUAUAUAUAUAUAUAUAUAUAUAUAGAUAGAUAUAGAUAUCACAUAGAUAUUCAUUCAAACUAGCUAAUUAUAAAAAAUAAUUAAGAAAGAAAUUAAUAUAUUACCAGUGGUUGUUACUUUGAUGAACAGAAAAAUAAAUUGCAUCUGUAUGCAACAUGUCUAUUUUCUUUUAUAAUGAUUAAAGCUCUGACUUUUCCAACAGGAGCUUAACUUCUUUAUACUUUUAUUCAUGUGGAUGAAGAUGGAUUUUAUUUAUUGACUUGUUUAAUUUUGAAUGUUUUAAUGCCUUGCACUUAUUUACUUUGGGUGUCCUUGUGUUGGUUCCUCAUAAUUAUUCAGGUUUCUGUGAAAUUCUCUGUUUUGUUUAUUUUUUAAGUGCAUGAAGAAAAAAAUUAAGUCCACAUGAAGCGUUGGAGUCCAUAUGCUGCUGGUUGUGCUGUCCUCAGUUGUGCUGCCCUCGAUUCGAUUGUAAAAUAAGAUUUAUAAUAACAGAAUGUUUUGGCUUUUUAAAAUGUACAACAAAUAAACAUUUAUCAACCAAAACACAA